AUGGAAACCACUAGCCAAGAAACUCCAAUUCUUCUUCAAGACAUGAAGGUGACAAUCCACAAAACUUCAAUGAUUUUUCCAUCAAAACUAACCGAGAAAAAAUCCUUGUUCUUAUCAAACAUAGACAAGGUUCUCAAUUUCGACGUAAAAACGGUUCAUUUUUUCGAAGCAAACCAAGAUUUUCCUCCUCAAAUAGUGACUGAGAAGUUAAAGAAAGCUCUAGAAGAUGUUCUAGUGGCUUAUGACUUCCUUGCUGGAAGAAUAAAGAUGAACUCUGAAACCAAUAGGUUGGAGAUAGAUUGUAAUGCAAAAGGUGUUGGCUUUGUUGUGGCAUCUAGUAAAUAUAAAUUGGAUCAACUUGGGAACUUGGCUUAUCCUAACAAAGCUUUUGCACAAUUAGUUCACAAGACUAAAGAUUUCCUUAAGAUAGGUGAUAUACCACUAUGUGUUGUCCAGCUAACAUCCUUCAAGUGCGGUGGUUUCUCAAUUGGCAUCACAACUAGCCAUGCAACCUUUGAUGGGCUUAGCUUCAAAACAUUCUUAGACAACCUUGCUUCAUUGGCUGCUAACAAGCCACUGGCUACUAACAAGCCACUGGCUGUGAUACCCUUCAAUGAAGAAUAUAAAGAUGAAGAAGGUACUGCAGAUGGAAGUAUGGAGGAAGAUGGGAUAAAUGCAUAG